AUGCGUUUCUGUGCUGUGGUAUUCGUGCUGCUUCAUAGCGUUCUCUCAGAUGAUAAGGCUGAAGUUGAUAUUCGUGUGUCCGGUGCUUGUUCACCUGUGUAUCUGCAACGGAAAGGUAUCGACAUGAACAAGUACCGUCCAUCGAUACGCUUUAAUCCGGACAAAAUUCAGUUAGUGCCAAAGAAUCCAGUCAUACCGGGAUGUAUAAAGAUUAAAGCUGAAGGCGUCGAAAUUACUCGACCUUUACGGAAUCUCGUAGCUGAAGUCGAGCUUCGCAUCGGUGGCACACCAGAUCCUUCCAAUCCAACACUUCCAUGCUCGAAGAAAAUCGACGAGAAAGUGAAUCAAUGCCCCUGCUCGAAAUUAGAGGGAACAUGCGUGUUCUGUGACUUCUGCAAGCAGUUGAAGGCUCAGUCAGCAAAAAUAUCGGCUUCAAAGUUGGUUUCAACUCACAAAAGCAUCGAUGACGAUUGCAAAUGCAAUGAAAUGCAACCCGGACUCUACGAUAUCGAAACAGAAAUGUGCACUCCUGAAAUCGAUGACAUCAAGGAUUACAUCCCUCCUGAGAUUCAAUCCAAUAUUCUGGAUAAACGACCUAUCUCUAUGUUCAUCACUGUUUAUCUGAUGGAUCUCGAACCCAGAAACGAGUCGUACCUCUCAGCGUUCGGUCGCGCUAUUCUGCAGAGGAGAAUGGCACAAAGCACGGUUGCAUGUUUCCUUCUUGGAAUUGAUGUGAAGCUUGCUCUACCUCAAUUCAACUGA